GAACCAUUCUUUCCGUCUGGGGGACCAAUAAUUUUGACGGACCAACAUGGCGGCAAAACAUUGCUAAUGCUAAACAACUGAAACAAAUGUGUGGAAUUCAUCUGUAAUUAAUAGUUUUUUUUCACGAGUGAAUGUUCACACCAAAUUGAGACAAUUUACCAGCACCUUCGGUUUCCACGACAACCUUUUCAGUACAGUAUAACGGCCAACAACGGACAUAAACGUUAGCUUGUUUAAUGCUAAUUCACUUAGCUUCCUCUGUAAACACGUUAGAAAGCUAAGCUAACCGUUAACCAUGUGGGGUGAAAUAGACCCUCCAGUUCAAACACAACCUAAUUUGUGUGAGAGCAAAGACGAGCCUGAAUUACCAGAAGAAAAUGGGGUCACAUUUUCCCAGAUAUGUGGCUUUCACCGCCCCGCAGACACACGUCAGCCACAACAACAACAACAACAACAAGACACAGAGCCCGUGAGCCAGGCAGAGUCCACCUGUGUGAAUGACAUGGUGGAGGCCAUAGCCAGGAGUGGCAGCUCAGUGAAGAGCCAGCAGAAAGGAGACGCUGAGCUGACCCUGGAUCAGCGCAGAGAGGAGCUCCUGCAGCAGUACAGGAGCAGACCGCUGGUGUUCCUGGAGAGGUACCAUGUGUGCCUCAAGCCCCAGGACCUGUCAGUGUUUGCCCACGUCAGCUCAGAUCCACGGGUUCUUCACUACGGCAAAGUGAUAGAGAGACGAGCUGCAGCGUUCACCAACAGGACGAGGGUUCGAAACCAGCGCUACGCGGCUCUCAGGGCCCUGCAGGAGGGCGGAGAGUAUUUUAGUGACGAACAGAUGCGGAUAAGGGAGCCGCUGCUGUAUGAACAAUACAUCGGCCAGUACCUGACUGAUGAGGAGGUGCUGGCGCGCUCCCAGGAGUCCAUGCUGGACGAUGCACAGGGGGGCCCGGGGGCUCCAGCAGGAAACAAAGGGGGGCUCACACAACUCCUCCUCAACUCCUACCAGGAGCGUCUGAUCCAGGACCGCCUGCAGAGGGAGCAGGAGAGAGAGGACGGAGCGAGGGAGGAGGAUGAGGAGGAGGAAGAUGAAGUGAUCACCGCCCAGCAGAAGGACUGGGAGCCCACGGCAGAGGAGAAGGCUCUGCUCAGAGAGGAGUUCAUCGGUCAGAUGCACCAGCGCUUCCUGGAUGGCAAAGACAAGGAUAUCAACUACAGCGAAGUGGACGAGAACCCGGACUACGACAACUUGGACAUCGUCAGCAGAGACGAGGAGGAUAAAUACUUUGAUGAUGAAGAUGAUGAUGAAGAAGAGGAGAUGGAAAAUGACGAGGAGGAUGAGAACAUGACAGAAUAGUAACACUCACUGCUUUGAUCGAUCUGUAAAUACAACAUGUACAAAAUAAUGCUAUGCCUUCUAUUUGUUAAUCUUACACAUGAAUGCAAACAUGGCUGGUAAUAAAUAUUGUUUGAGAGUAAAUAUGAUACCCUGAAAUAAAGACUGUCCCUUUUAGUCACCA